CGCGCCUUUACUUGUCAGUGGCGAGGGAGUUUAGUGAAUCAUAACCUAAAAAGUUUGAAUCAGUUUGAAAUUUGCUGAAACUAGGCUUUUUUCUCUCCUAAGUGUGAUUGGAGUUACGUAUUUUGGUAUUUAGGUCCUUUUUUUACUUUUGAGUACAUUCCAGGUCUAUUAAUAUGAGUUCCAAUAGUUUGGUCUACGAUUUGCCGUCCGAUGUCGUAAACACGUUGUUGUGUUCCGUUUGUGAUGGAUACCUAUCCUGCGGGCCAGUUACGGAGGAUAAUGGCAAGUUAAUUUGCGGGCGAUGCUAUAAAAAAGAUACAGUAGCCGUAUUACAAGUCGCCUAUGAAAAGGCCAUGAGCAAUUUCAUUUUCCCAUGUCGCUUUGAUAAGCAAGGAUGUAAGGAGCGUCUGCUGUUUAAUUCAAUCAUUGAGCAUGAAAGGAAAUGCCGCUAUCGCACAUUGGACUGUCCCUCACUGUUGUGUGUGUCAUCACUUUUAGCUUUGGAGCUCCAAACACAUUUUGAGGAAUACCACAGAGAAUUAAUCAAUAAUGACGGACAAUUUAGAAUUAAUUUGAAUGAAAAUGCUAGGUGUAAUUUGUUGAUGGUGCACGAUGAUAUUACAGUCAUUAUAAAGUAUUUGUAUGAUUCCUCCACGAUAUGCUUGCAGAUUGAGAUUGCGUACAUAUCAAACGAGGAGGAGUCGAUUUAUUAUAAGUUGCAAAUAAUAAGUGGUACCGAUAGCGAUAAUAGCUUGAAUCUUUCACAACAAUUGUGCAGUCUCUACGAAACUCGUGACAUAGACGUUGCAAAAUGUAUUAAAUUGGAAAUGAAGGAAUAUCUCGGUGUAUUAGCAAAUCCACCAUCUUUAGUUUUUAAAGUUUCAAUUACUUUAAUUGUUAACAGUGAUGAAAAUCACGUUCAUAAGCCAGCAACUGUAAGUAAUAUAAAUACAUUAUCGAAUAUACUGCAUGAAGAAUUAGUAAAUUUGGAGUGGCUCCGAUGUAAUAACUGUAGAUUGUUAGUAUCUCCACCGUUGUACUUUACAGAUAGUGAUGUUAGUCUUUGUGGUGCCUGUUGUGAGGGACAUACCGGUGUUCAUGAAUCUACACUUAGCACGAGUACAAAUUUUUCUUGUUGCUGGAGAGGAUGUCCAUUCUUGGGUAACUUGGCAGACAUUUCUGUUCACAUAGAAACAUGCAAAUUUAAGACAUACCUAUGCCCCUUCUAUACCUCUUGCGAAAAUAGAAUUUUCAAUUAUAACGAAUCUCAAUUAUUUAUUAGGCAUUUAAAGAUUCAUGCUACAUAUUGUUCGCCAGAUAGAAUUCUUGUGGAACUAUUUAAUCGAAAUGCUUCUUCUACGGGUAAUGUCAUUGAAAAAUCUUAUUUUACUAACAUAGGGGAUAAAGUUGUCUUGUUUACGUGUGCCAUUACAACCAAAGGUGAUAAGUGGUCCUUAAAUAGUAUUUUACCAUCUGGAGUUAAUGUGAAAAUUAUGUUUGCUCAUGAGCACUGUAGGCUAAGGUCUGCAAGUCAUUACUACAAUAAGUAUCGAGUAGUCAAUAUUAAUAAUGACGAUGAGACUGUAGGGUUUCCGUUAUGUUUUAAGGAAUAUUACCGUCUUACUGCUAUUAUAACAUUUAUUGAGUAAAUCUUGUCCUGUAAAUUUUUGUUUUUUUGUUUAAUGUUAAACUAGGAAUGUAUUAUUAAGUUCUGUAUUUAGUAUUAAAUUUGCUGUGUAAUGUAAUACCUACUUAAUCCGUCUUCAAUAAAAUUUGUAUGCAAUUCA